GGUGGACAGUGUGGAGAUGGAUUGCAAGUCCGCAACCUCACAUGUGUAGUGCACAAUGCAUCUGUUUCUGCUACAUCCAAACCAGUAGAAAAUGCACUAUGUGGUGAGCUGCCAUCGAAAGAGAGUGUGCUGCAGUUACCAUGCUCUGUGCCUUGCCCAGGUGACUGCCACCUGACAGAGUGGUCAGAGUGGAGCUCCUGUGAGCUCACCUGCAUCAAUGGCAGGAGCUUCGAGACAACGGGGCGCCAGUCUCGAUCCAGAGCGUUUAUCGUUCAGUCUCCUGAGAACCAGGAGAGCUGCUCCGGACAAGCAAUGGAAACACGACCUUGCUCAGGAGGGAAGUGUUACGACUACCUGUGGAAAACCAGCCUUUGGCGAGACAACGUACGCACAGUGUGGUGUCAGCGCUCAGAUGGAAUAAAUGUCACAGGAGGGUGUGCUCUUCGGACGAAACCUGCAGAAGUUCGGCACUGCAGCCCGGCGUGCAGAAAACCGUUCUCCUACUGCACACAGAGAGGAGUCUGCGGCUGCGAGCGAGGAUAUACAGAAAUAAUGAGAUCAAAUGGUUUCCUGGAUUACUGCAUGAAGGUACCAGGUUUAGAAGAUAAGAAAGCUGAUGUUAAGACCAUUGCUGGAAAAAAUAAACCUGUCAACUCAAAAAUGCAUGACAUUUUCAAAGGAUGGUCUAUUCAACCUUUUAAUCCAGAUGGUAAACUGAAGAUGUGGGUAUAUGGAGUAUCAGCUGGUGGGUUCCUCAUCAUGGUUUUCCUUAUUUUUACAUCCUAUCUGAUGUGCAAAAAAACAAAGCAGCAUCAAAGCCCUCCUCCGCAGCAGAAGCCUCUAACCUUAGCCUAUGACGGAGACAUUGAUAUGUAACAUAAAAAAGAAACCCAAAUGUAGACAUCGACUGCCUUAACUGCUUUCUUUUUUGGAACUCUCCGACUUCUCAGUUUUUUGAGGAAUCUCCUGAUGUGUAAUAUACUGGGCAGAACAGAAGUAUUGCAACCUUAAAAUUUUGCCACUUCUUUAUUAAGAAAAAAUGGAGUCAAAGACUUGGAUCUUGUGAAACUUUUCUGAAGAGACCAGAAAAUACAUCUCUUCCUGUUGAGCAAUGGGAAAAAAAAAAAAAAAAAAAAAGGAGAAUCUACAGACAUCAAAAGGAAUUAGUGAAAAAAAAAAAAAGGCAUGACAAUCCUGAGGAAAAUGUGACAUUUACUGUAAAUGACAAGUUUGACACAGCAUCAUUAUGCACUAUAUUAGUGCAGGGUUCUUUAUUCUUCACAUAUUUCAACAAUGAGUUUUCUAGUGUUUACAUUUCGUUCAAAGACUUUAAAACCAGAUCAUAUAUUUUGAGAAACACAAGGAAGAAUGAGUUGAAGUGUCUGAAGUUAUCAGGUUUUUUAAAGUUUCUUCCUUCUUAUCCUGUUUUCUAGUCUGGAAUAUGAUUUUGCUUCAUUUCCACCUACAG